GUUGCAUGCUUCCGGAUUUUGAGCUCGGUGAAUUAGGCGGCUGUUUCGCACUUCCCAACAUUAGAAGGAAGAGAUAGGAAGCCUACAGAGUUUACACCCGGAGAGGGAUCUAUACCGCAUAGACGACGUAGUGUACGGAUUGCUAUGGCCGCUGAGGAAGCUUUGCGGGGUUCAGAACAAGCAGUGACAGAUGAAGAUGCCCUCGAUGAAAUUCCGCUUAGUAAAAGGAUGGAGAAGGUCCAGUAGUAGCGCGGUGAAAUGCGGAGAUGAUGUCGAGAUGCAUUUUGACGCAGGGGGGCCAUCGUUUGAUCUUCUUACACCAAUGCCGAAAGGAGAUCCCGUUGGUGAUGACAAUCCAACUCCCAACAGCGGUAAUGUGUCGGUGACAAAGGCGUUUGAUGCUGAAAAGCAGAGCAAAUUUCUUGAUAUUCCCUACAUUGAGACGCAGUAUGAUCCUCGGGAACUCGAGCAUAUCGAUAAGGAAACUGGGCUCAUGAUUAGUUCAUUUCAGAAGGCCAGAAACUGGCAGGCUCCUUUGGUUUCUUUUGAAGAGGCUAUGGGAAAGGAUGCUGAUGCGGAAAAAUGCAAUGUGGUUGAAGAUGGUGAUGCGGUAGACUUGAACUGUGAAAACGCCACAGUGCAUAACGAUGUGCAAGAGGCAGUGGGCGUUGAGGCUGCAGUUGGGGAACGAGAUCCUUUGGAAGACAGAGUAGGAGCAUGAGACGGGAGAGGGUUUUUAAUAAAUGGAUGUUUGGUAUUGUACGAGUUCCCACCCAUCGCAGCGUUAUUAUGUACCUCGGGAUCUCCAUGACAGCGGUUAUCAUUUGAGGGUUCAGAAGUUCCACCGGGGGAUUCAUUUGGCAUGCAGUUUGAGUUGCUUUGGCCAGUUAGGUUGGCAGUGCACGCCACCGUAUGUGAAGUGUUACACACGUUACUGGCUGAGACAUGA